UCCAGUGAUUAUUUUAAAUAUUUGCUUAAUUUUUUGUGAUAUCAAAAAAAUUUUCAUUAAUUUUUGGAAUGGAGGGAGGCAGGGAGGGAAUGUCAACAAGGAUUUGCUUAAAAUGUUUUUCUCCCAUAAAAUUUUUUUCCGUAUAGCUAAUGAACCUGAAACUUCCGGCGGGAACGUGGGUCUCAUCAUUGUGGGUGUCAUUGCCGUUGUAGUCCUGCUUGCUCUUGUUAGUGCCAUUGUCUGGUUCUUCGUGCUCCGCAAAAAAGGUGAAGAAGAAAAGGGAAUGGAAAUGGGAAUGACCGCUGCUAGAGGUAUGAAGACGAACAAAGUUGGAGCGACUCAAGCAACGAUAGGCGAAAUGACUACUAUUGGAGGAAUGCAAGCCAAAACAGGUGGAGCGACACCUGCUGGAGGAGCUACAUCGAAAGCUGCCGGGACAACAAAGGGAGGAGCGACAUCGAAGCCUGGAGGGGCAACGUCAAAGAAGCAUAAGAAUGUAAUAUAAGUGAAGAUGACAUAAUCUCUCCUUUUCCUUUUUAUGAAAGUUGGACAUAUACUUUAAAUUGAAAAAUUAUAACAGGGUAUUAAUGAUUCAAACUUGGGUUGGACAUAACCGGUCAUCAAUCGGUACCCCCAGUUUUCGGUUCCGGUUUAUGACUGAUCCUCGGUUUUUGGUGAACCAAGACCGGUUUUUGAUUAAAUUUUUCAAAAGGUUAUCCUAUUUUUUGAAAAAAGGUGGCCGUAUACUUUUGUUGAAUAGUGUAUUUAAUCUCAUUCAAGCCAUCUUCUUUUCUCCUCACGCCUGCCAUCUUCCACUUCUCAUUUGUUUCACCGGUCAGUAGGGGUAUAUAGCCGGAGCUCUGAAAAACUCGAGACCAAGACUUCACAAUAUGACCAAGACCAAAAAACCCCAAGAAAAUUCGUGAGUCAAGACUGAUAAUUUUAAAAAUUUUUGAAUAGGUAUAUUUUAAAAAAUAGAAAAAUUGUAAUUUAGUUUGUUU